AUGGCCAUUAGAGCUCCAAGGUCAUUCCAGGCAACUCUAUGGCUUCCAUGUUUGUUUAUUCUUUUACUCUUCGUUACGUUCACUUGUGCUUCACAACCAGGGAGACCAAGGCUUGGUGUGCGACGAGGAUACAACAAUAGGGCACAAAAUAGUCACAGCCAAUCUCUAACUGCAACUAGAUCAAAAAAUGAUUAUCAAACGUUCUAUUAUGACCAACCGCUCGAUCACUUUAAUUAUCAGCCCGAAAGCUAUACCACAUUCCGGCAAAGAUAUAUCGUGAAUUUUACACAUUGGGGUGGCGCGAAGAAGGCUGCUCCCAUAUUCGUAUAUCUCGGAGGGGAGUCUUCUUCAGACGAUGAUGUUGGUUCUACAGGAUUCAUGGUGGAUAAUGCUCGCAGGUUUGGUGGUUUGGAGGUGUAUGCAGAGCAUCGCUUCUAUGGACAAUCAAUCCCGCAUGGAUUUACAAGAGAAGGAGCAUUGAAAAAUGCUACCAUUCGCGGCUACUGUAGCUCAAAUCAAGCUCUAGCAGAUUAUGCAGAAUUAAUUGUAAGCUUGAAGAAAAAUUUAUCAGCCGAUUCCUCUCCAGUUUUAGUAGCUGGAGGAUCUUAUAGUGGAGAACUUGCAGCAUGGUUCCGCCUGAAGUAUCCUCAUAUUGCAAUGGGGGCAUUAGCCUCUUCAGCACCCAUUCUUUACUUCGAUGACCUUGUGCCACCAAAUUCAUAUUAUGUUGUUGUUACCCAGGACUUUCAGGAGGCUAGUUGGAGCUGCUAUGAAACCGUAAAGAGUUCAUGGUCUGAGAUUGAUAGAGUUGCUGCAAAACCCAAUGGUCUUUCCGAACUCAGCAAGAAAUUCAAAACUUGCAAGCCAUUGAAGAAGGCAUCCGAGUUAAAGGAUUACUUGAACAGUCUGUAUUCAGUCGCGGCUCAAUAUGAUAGUCCUCCAGACUAUCCAGUGGACACUGUCUGCAGAGGUAUUGACGGAGGAGCUAAUGGAACCGACAUUCUUGGCCGAAUUUUCUCAGGAGUUGUUGCUUAUUACGAGAAAAGUAGAAAGUGCUAUGAUUUAGGUGAAUUCUUUUCAUCAGAAACACUGGAUGGUUGGGACUGGCAGACAUGUAAUGAAGAGGUUACAAUAAUUGGAUGUGGCCCAAAUGAAACCAUGUUUCCUGAAAUAUCAUAUGAUUACAAAGAUUAUAAGGACUACUGCGUGGACAAAUUUGGAGUCGAACCUGCGCCCCAUUGGGUCACAACUUAUUAUGGUGGUGAACAUAUAAAAAGGGUUCUCCACAAGUUUGGUAGCAACAUCAUCUUCACCAAUGGCCUCCGUGACCCAUAUAGUAGUGCAGGGAUAUUGGAAGACAUAUCAGACACCCUAGUUGCCUUGACUACAAAAAAUGGUUCUCAUUGCCUUGAUAUAUUGAACGCAAGUGAAGACGACCCAGAUUGGUUGGUCGACCAGCGACUAAAAAUAACCAAGAUAAUAGAACAGUGGUUUAACAAGUACUACGAAGAUUUGCGUAAGUUUGGAUAG